AUGCAAGCCAAAACUCAGAUAAUAAGAAAACCAAAGAAAUUAUCAAAUGAAACUUUGUACUAUUUGGCAAACCAAUACAUAGACCAAGCUUAUAAGAAUUCCUUCAAGAUCCAAAAUGAAUCUCAAUUGAUCCAAUAUUACAAGCUGAUCCAAUUAUCCAUCGAGCUCUGCUCGAAGCUGGCUGCUUCCAGAUCAAACUUCAAUAUUCACAAGAAAAACUUCAUCUUGUUCAAAAUCGUUUUAUUAUUAUUAGACAAUUCCAUCAAUUAUAAAUUAAUUGAUUCUCAAUUAUCUACCUUGAUCAACCAAUUGGAUUUGCAAAAAAAAAACCAUUAUUUACAAAAUAAUCUACACUUCAAUUGUAUCUUUGUAAAAUUAUGGAACUUGCCGCUGUGGAAAGGCGACCCCAAACAAUAUAAUAUCGCUUUGGAUGAUACGUUGACGUAUAAGAGCUAUCUAACGACAAUUCUCCAUCAUUCGAGUCACGACUUUGGGAUCAAUUUACAAUUCUCCAUCAUAUCCUUUAUCCAUCUGUUUUGGUUGAUCAAAUUAAACAAAAACAAAUCGUUGAUCGAUUCCACUUUUAAACACUUGUUAUCAUUCAACAAUUCUCUUCCAACCAACCAUUCCAAUUUCGUCUGGAUUAAUUAUAAUUCCUUCAUUUCGUUGGUCUAUUUAAACUACAUCUUGCAAAACAAUCUCAUUAUCCCCAGGGUUUUACAAUCCAACAUCACCUCCAUACAAGCAAGUCCAAUGUCGAAAAAUUUAAAAGCUUGGCAUUUGAUUAUAGAUUUGCUUUUCCUGAUCAAACGAGAUUCAAACAUUACAUUGAAAUUAAAUGAAAUUAAAUCAUUUUUCGAUUCAAAUUCAUUAAACUUAUCCUCUCUUUAUUUAAACUUCACCACCAAUGAUGACAACAAGUUGCAAAUCUCCCUGAACGAUAUCGUCUUGAAAAUCGAUCUUUUUUCCAUCUUCAAUUAUAGAAAUUUAACAAACAUUUUAUUAUUCUUACAAAGCAUUAGUUAUUUGAUAAAUUCCACAGAAAAAAAUUCAAAUUUCGCAUUGAUUUAUUUACCAAAGAUUAAAAAAAAUAUCUUAUCCAUUCAAUUAAACUUGAAAUCUUCCAAAAAUGUCCCCCUAGCAUUCCAUGAUGCUAAUCAAAAUUGGUAUUCAAAAUUUCUAAAUUUAAUUGAUUUUUAUUCACUUUGGUACGAUUUAAUUUUAAAUAAUUUUACAUCAUUGCCCCUGGCAAAGGACAACGAUCCUUAUUUCAAAUUAAUUUCAACUCAUUUGGAUUCCACCAAUGACAAUACACUACAAUUAUACCAACAUAUAAUCGAUUCUCCAUCUAUUUCAAAUUCAAAUUCACAUUUAAAAUUAUUUGCCCUAUUCAAUUCAUAUUUGAUUUUAUCUUCAAGAUUAAGUCAAACAAAUUCAUCAGAUGAUACUCAUUCAAUUAUUAACAAAUUAAACAACACAUGGUCCAAUCUCAAUUCUAUAUUCUUAUCAAACUCAUCGAAUUUAUUUACUAAAAAUAAUAAUUAUUUCGUCACAUUCAUAAUUUUAUGGAUUUCAUCACAUUUACAACCAUUUAAUUCUAACCCUUUACCAAGUACUGAUAAAGAAAAGGAAUUUUUCAUUUCAAAUUUGGAAAAAUUUUAUCAACAAAACUCAUUCUAUUCAACACUCACUGAUUCUACUUCUUCCUCCACCUCUCAAUUUCAUUUGAAAAAAUCUUUACAUUUACAAAUUUUAUUAAAUUAUAUCGGUACAAGGUUAUUCGAACAUGAUUUAACUAAAAUUUCUAAAAUUUCAAAGACUUGUUUCCAUUAUUCCAUGAAAUUUAAUUUCCAUUAUAAAUUCAUUUAUAUCUUGGGACUUUGGCAUUUAAUUAAUUCUACUUCACAAUUAAAUGAAAGAGAAAUUCAAAAGACAAAAUUAAAUUAA